GAUCCAAGCACUCUAAAGUCUCUCUCUCUCGCGCUGGGAUUUGCAGGAACUUCCCUCAGAUCCUCACCUCCAUCGAUAACUGCAAGCAGAAGAGGAGGAGGAGGUGAGAAGCCAUGAUCGGGGCAGGAAAGAUCAAGCAGUACGCCAACGUCCUCGACAAACCCCUUAGCAGGGGGAGGCAAGAGGUCAGCUUAAGUGCAUUUGCAUUCUUGUUUUCAGAAUUGGUGCAGUACAAUCAAACUCGAGUUGAUAAUAUUGCAGAAUUGGAGCGAAGGCUAGAGGAUGCAGGCUAUGCUGUUGGAGCCAGAGUUCUUGAACUGCUUUGCCAUAGAGAGAAGGGAAACAGGAGGGAGACACGGCUACUGGGGAUUUUAUCAUUUGUGCAUAGCACCGUGUGGAAGGUGCUCUUUGGAAAGGUAGCUGAUUCACUUGAGAAAGGAACUGAACAUGAAGAUGAGUACAUGAUCAGUGAAAAGGAACUUCUGGUUAACCGAUUUAUAUCCAUACCGAAAGACAUGGGGACAUUUAACUGUGGGGCAUUUGUUGCUGGAAUCGUAAAGGGUGUCUUAGAUGGUGCGGGUUUCCCUGCUGUCGUAACAGCACAUUUUGUACCUGUAGAAGGUCAACACCGACCACGGACGACAAUUUUAAUAAAGUUUGCUGAAGAGGUACUCCAAAGGGAAGCAAGACUUGGCUGAAGUCUGAUAGGUAUUUGCAGCUGCUGCACUCAACGGUAUUAGAUUGCAGAUAUUUCCCACAAGUCUAACCAGAUACCUUUAUGCAUCAACCGCUCUGGAGUUUCUAUAUCCAGUCUAUGCAAUCUAAAGCUAGAAAAGUAGCAGACUUAAAUCAGUGUUUCACCUUGCUUUUCAGAGGGCACAGCAUCAAUUCUUCUUUUGUAUCAUGCUUAAAUGUAGUUUGCCGUUUUAAGAUUUUUGCCUGUGGCUGCUUGUUUCUGUUUCCAGCUGAGAUUGGAUCUGCUUGAUGCAUUGUUAGAUUCCAUCACAUUCACAUUUGUACUACUACUAUCUCAUUGUGUGCCCAUGCACACAUUUGCAUGCCUGUGUGCUCACUUUGUUGAAACCUUGCAAAACUUGGAAAGGGAAUGUAGAUGUUGGAUUUGUCU